AUGACUGCCCGGACAAGGCCUAUUAAUAAUUUCGCUAAGGCUACGGCCAAGUGCUCUGUUGAGGCGGCGGCAUAUGGCAAGUGCAUUCUUGCCGACUAUACCUCUGUGCACAAAGACAUGUGUGCCAAAGAGUUUCUGAAGUUGAAGGAUUGUUAUCUGGUAUGA